UACAUACAAUAAACACCCACUUGUUAAUUUUUCUGUACUGGAGUUACUUAGUGUUAACAUUCUUCUGAGGCGCUCUAAACCACGCCCACACAAAGCCCUCCCUCAACCUGAUUCGCUGAAAUUGGUCAGUGUAGAACGCUCGUGAAAAAAAGCUUUUAUCUGUGAUUGGUCAACGUUUCGUGCUCGUGAGCGCGUUCUGAUUGACCAGUAGAAAAGCGAUCGAAAAACAGGUAGUUAGCCAAAGUUAGCUGUUAACCUUCUACUGAAUUUACUCCUCUAUUACAGACUGGAAUGUUGGCUGGCUAGCUAGCUCAGACAGAUAGGUUUUUGACAGUGUUAUGCUGUAUUUAUUAUUGUACUUUACUUACGUGAAAAUGGUCGCAGUGGAAAUACAGAAAGUGUACUUUUCGGUGUUUUACGGCAUCGUUCGGGACGUCGUUCAUGUGUCAGUGUGCGCGUGAGAUUAUCUUUACAGAGGACGGCUUUUCACCCGAGGAGAAGCGCAGAAGAAUGGGUUUUAACUUCUGAACGUAACAAAAUGGUGACUGUGAAGUUAAAUGGUUACCUAAAAGCCCAGGAACAUCAUCUUGUGAGCCUCAGUCUUCAGCCUUCUGAGUGAAACAGGUGAACCCUUGAUAAGGAAAACUGCGCGCGCGCGCCGGGAGCCUCCCACCUCAGCCAGAAUAGACAUUUCAGAGGAGAAAUCCAGCUUGGACCAGCUUCCACAAGUUUGUUUUUUCUCCAGGACUGUCCCAGCAUUCGGAUGCAUUUAUCACUAGAUAGCAUUAACAUGGUGGAUGACAGCUGCCCCUCACCAGGUAACUUCCAUGAGAUGGUAAAAGGAACAGUGGGGUCUGUUGGGACCCACGUCCACAGCAUUGAUGUGAUCCUGGGCUUCACAAAGGACCCCGUGCCCUUGCUCAAUCCAGGAGUUAGCUCUGUAUCUCCUGAAGUUAGUGUGGACAGUCCAGGGGAUGCAGGAAAGCAAGAGCACAUCGUGCACUCCUAUGGCACUGUGUCUCCGAGAGACAACUCAGAGCUGCCUGCUUUUCACGUACCCGAAACGUUUUCUGACACGUGUGAGUCUGAGCAAAGAGAGGUGUGGAAAUCGGGUGAGAGCGAUGGGAAAUCUCCAGAGCAGACAGAUGAGGAGCAACCGAAGAAGAAGCACCGGCGAAACCGCACCACCUUCACCACAUACCAGCUCCAUGAGCUGGAGCGCGCCUUUGAGAAGUCCCACUACCCUGAUGUGUACAGCCGUGAGGAGCUUGCCAUGAAGGUCAACCUCCCUGAGGUCCGAGUACAGGUGUGGUUCCAGAACCGUCGUGCCAAAUGGAGGCGUCAGGAGAAGAUGGACGCAAGCGCCGUAAAGCUUCAUGACUCGUCCAUGCUCUCCUUCAGCCGACCGCCCAUGCACACCAGCACAAGCCCCCUGAGUAACUCGUUGCCCCUGGACCCCUGGCUAGGGUCUCCCCUUACCAACACUACACCAAUGCAUGCUAUUCCAGACCUCAUGGGGCCUGCACAGGGCCUGCAGGCCGGAUAUCAGAGCCACGGCUUCCUGAACUCCCCUCAGGUCAUGAACCAAAGUGUGCAGUCCAUGGCACCCCCGCCGUAUCAGUGCCCUCCAGUGUUUACUGAUAAAUUCCCCCUGGAGGAAGUUGACCAACGCAGCUUCAGCAUUGCUGCACUGAGGAUGAAAGCCAAGGAACAUAUUCAAUCCAUGGACAAAACAUGGCAGCCCAUGUGACAAGCCUGAGCCAAAAACCGGCAAGGUGUUAUGUUUUACUGCAUUAGAACAGUGUAUGAAAUUAAUGGAUAAAACUGAGGCUGGAAGGAGUAAAUGAAUAAAAACCUGACAACAAUUAAACUCAAGCUCAUUAAACUCAUCAAUGAACUGAUGCAACCUAAGGAUUUGUGGAAUUCGGACUGUAUAAGACAGAUGAGAGCAAUUUUUAUGAUGAGCCUAUCCUGUGUUUAAUUUUCUGGAAGCCGAUCCAAGCAGUAUUGUGGGCUUUAAAUCGGCUGCUGCGUCCUCCCUCAACCUAGGCUGUUAAGUCAGGUGAAGAAUCUUAUGAUAAUACUGUGUUUAUUUAUAUUUUUGUCUGCCCUAAGAUGACUUCUUCAACCACAUCUUUUGGCAAAAAGAACAAGUUCUCCAUAUGGAUGGAAUUUAUAAUGAAACUGGGUAUAUUGUCAUUUUAUCUCCUUUUGUAAUAGACUUAAUUCUGUUCUUUAAGAGUAGCCCAAUUAAUUUCUUAUUUCCUACUCUUCUAUGAAGAAGACAUUUAGUCGCACUUGGUAGAUCUCUAAACCACUCAACAAACAUUAAAAUCAACCAAAUGUGUUAUCUGAUCCGUUUUAGUCAAAACAAGAAAACUGAAAUAAGACAUAUUACCAGCUUGUAGGCAGGCCAGUUUUUCACUGUCAUCCAGAAAAAUCAGGAUCCUGAGCGCAGUAAUCUCCCAAAAACUGAAAACUGAUAAAAACAAGUCAAAACAAUGCCUUGCUAGCACAGCCACCAUGUUACUGUUGAACUAUCAAUUAAAAGCAACAUGUUUUUUUGCAAUAAAUUACACUUUUCUGAGUAUAUCAGAGGUAUCAUUCAUACUUCUAAAACACUGAUCAAGUGCACAUUUAAAAAAAAAGGUUUAGAUCAAUUAUAGACAGUUUAUAAAUAACAGCCAGUGCUUAUUUUUAGUAUAAUUGUAUAAUUCACUUUUCACAGCAGUUAUACUUCAGAAAAGCUAAUAUUGUGAUAACAGAUUGAGCAUUUUAAAUGUCUUGCCUGAUACUAUGGCUACGGAAAAUACUCUUUGUGAUUGGCUGGCAGAUGUGUGUUGUUUUUUAUAGUGGGAUGCGUACAAUGUAGAUCUGGUUAAAAAUGUAAUGAAAAUGAUAUGAAGAUGAUAACAUUUUGAACAAACUUAUAUACUUAUGGUUUAGGCUAGGCCUGUAUUUACAAAUUGCUACUGCAGUUAAUCCAGUAACCUAAAGCCUAUAUUUAUACUUAAUUAUAGAAAUGAAAUGAAACAAAUCACUUACACAGAAAGGAAUGAUCUGUAGGCUGCAGUGUGUGGAAAGUAAUAAGUGAUUUUAGUGAAUUUAAGGUGAGGUCUGAUUUACAAAGUGUCCUGGUUUACCAUAUGACUUCAGCACCUCUUAACACCCACUUAGCUUACUUAUAGUUGAUUCAUUCUUAAUUCCCAAAACUGACGGGUGUCCUUAAAUGGCUUUGGAGCGACACAGAAAGCACAUAGAACUGUCCAGACCAUUGAUCAAAUCAGGUCUUUAUUGUCCAUGAGCACAGCAUGUGAGGACAUAUGAGGACAGCUUGUCCCAGGCAUAACGAGCAGAGCAGAGACAUGGUGACUCGGGAAGAAAGAGGCCAGUGCGCCUCAGUGCUCAUUAAAGGAGAAGACCUGUUGGCAGGUCACUCCCUCAGUAAUGAUUGUUACGUGCAGAGAGCUGUUCAGCUUACACAAUCCAAUCCCAUCUUCUUUGUUUUGACACAGAAAGAAACAAAACAGUCACCCAGCAAAUAAUAGAGCUUUCGCCAUGGCACUGUAAUGUAUUUCAUCUAACAACUUUUUUUUUUUUUUUUUUUUUGAGGGAACUUUUUGAGAGUCCAGCAACAGCACCAAACUGUAUUACUGUACAGCAUGAAAAUUAGCAGCAUGCUGGCAUUAAACGUUAUUUUUUUCCUUUUUUUAACCUCUCACUCAUUCAGAUUCCAAAGCUAUGAUGAAUAUGACUCUCACAAAGAAAAUCCAUAAGAUUCUUUAUGCAGGUUCAUGUAGAUCAGCCAAAAUUUUUAAUUUAAAAAUGCAAUAGAUUUCUGUAAUAGAUUUCAAAUUUAAUAUUUCUGUAAAAUAUGUAAUAUUUCUGUUCUUAUAUUGUUUUACAUACUUUACAGAAAGUUGCCCUUAAUUAGCAUACAUCUGUGUACACUGUUUAAAGUUUUCUCUGAUUAGGUACUGAAUUUUAUUAAUGGAAUAAACAAAUAUUUAUAUUUAUAACAGUUAGACCUCAUAUUUGCUCUUACACAUCCAUAUCCUCCUGUCUUUCUCCUUUUUUAUCUUUUGCUCUAAUAUCUUUCAUCUUUCCAUUUUUCUCUUCUUCCUCUUCCUCCGUUCUCUUUUUUGCUUUCUCCCCUUCAGGCCCCCCGCCUCUCUGUCUCCUGACUGGUGGCAGGCUUCCAGCCCGUUAGGAAGAUGAAGCUCCAAUCAAUCAGGUCUCGCCGGGUGGGUGUGCUGGGGCUCCAGUGCACCCUCGUUCCCCUGGGCAUUGCUGCUUUAGCACAUGUUCUGCUCUCUCUGGUCCUGUUGUAGCCACACUUACCAUGUGUGUGGUGGAUGCAGACAGAUGGGACACCACAGUGAUGUCUCACCACCACCAUCUGGGUCCCAAAAACAUCUGGGGAAUUUGGUGCAAAAUUUAUUAAAAAUUAUUACUUUUUUUUAAAUCAGUGCUUAGAUGCAUCAUGACUGUCAUUUGAAAGGUGCUGCAUAAAUGCACAAAAUGUCAUAAUGUGACUUCUACAUAGGUUUAUGCAUAAUUUGUUUUGGUCAAUAAUAGCAAACAAUAUUACACACACUGAAAGUGCUGAAAAAGAAUAUUUUUAUUUUAUUCAAAAAAUAUUCCUGGAGCAUAAAGAAUCGUAUUAUAAUGGCAUCAUGGCACACUGAAUGGAAAUGGAAAUGAAAUUGUGAGGUACCUGCAGAUUCCCAUCCUUACUCAAAAUGUCCCAGAAGAAAAUAUAAAAUUUCAUUUUGAAGCUUCUGUAUGAACCCGGGUUUAUUGUCAUCUUUUAUUGAUUAACACCUGGCUUUGACUAAUACACUCCUGUAUCUGUUACACACUGAUAUCACUUCUGCUUUCAGUCAAUAAAAACACAUAUUAGUGUUUCUAGAGAAUGUAAUAUUAAAAGAAUAUGUAGUAAUAUCAAAGAUCAGUACAAACAACAUACUGUGCUAAUUGCACUUGUACAUGAGAGGUGAAAAAUAAAAAACUUACUUGAAAAAAACACUUACUCAAACAUAAUUAUGUUACAAACAGUG